CCAACUACUUUCUUUUUCCUGCAGAUCUGAUCUAGCUAGCCGCUGCCCGCUGAGAAAGAUCCAUGCGGAUGACGUCAUACAUUUCUGUCUAUAUAUCCAAAGAGAGGGGAGAGAGCCUUAGCAGCAAACCAAGGAGAAGAAGGAGCUGAAAAAGACAGCGACCGUACCGAUCAGAUAUGGAGAAGAUAGAGCACACAACGGUGCCGACCAACGGCAUAAACAUGCACGUGGCCUCAAUCGGCGCCGGCCCACGCGCCAUCCUUUUCCUCCACGGCUUCCCGGAGCUGUGGUACUCCUGGCGCCACCAGCUGCUGUCCCUCUCCUCCCUCGGCUACCGCUGCAUCGCGCCGGACCUCCGCGGCUACGGCGACACCGACUGUCCAGCUCCGGCGGCCCAGUACAGCUCGCUCCACAUCGUGGGAGAUCUGGUGGGCCUGCUGGACGCGCUGGAGAUCCAACAAGUCUUCUUAGUGGGCCACGACUGGGGGGCCAUCAUCGCCUGGCACCUGUGCCUGUUCAGGCCCGACCGGGUCAAAGCGCUGGUCAACACCAGCGUCCCGUUCUCGCCUCGCAACCCCAAGGCGUCGCUGCUCGCCGGGCUCCGGGCCGCGUUCGGCGACGACUUCUACAUGUGCAGGUUCCAGGAAGUCGGGGAAGCAGAAGCUGACUUCGCCAAGGUGGAAACAGGGAAGCUACUGGCCAAAAUACUGACGUCCAGGAGUCCAAAGCCACCGUGCUUCCCCAAACACGUUGGUUUCAGCGCCAUCCCCGACCCUCCAGCCCUGCCGCCCUGGCUCACCCAGGAAGACAUCGACUACGCCGCCGCCAAAUUCGACAAGACCGGCUUCACCGGUGCAUUGAACUACUACCGAUCCAUCGACCUAUCUUGGGAGUUGAUGGGGCCGUGGACAGGGGCGAAGGUGAAUGUGGCGACCAAGUUCAUGGUCGGGGAGCUGGACCUGACGUUGAACUUCCCAAGGAUGAAGGACUACCUCCUUAGUGGCGCCAUGAAAGAGGACGUUCCUCUCCUGGAAGACGUCGUCGUGCUCAAGGGCGUAGGUCACUUCCUCAACGAGGAGAGCCCCCAGGAGGUCACCAACCACAUCCACGACUUCUUCAAGGACAAGUAGCUAGAGUACUGUUAUUACUUGUCGGUACUAUGGAAGUGUGUUUUGGUCCCAUCACUUCUAUUAUUGCACUGUUCUUCUGCUAUAAUUGUAUUUAUUAUUGCAUGUUUCCCCGGCCCAGUCAGUACUAGUUGUAGUGUUUUUUAAUUUCGGUCUGUGUUUGGUGUAUUCUGUAUCGAUCGUUUCGUGCCCAAGUAAAUGGCGAAGAAGGGAAGGACGACGAUCCGCUUGUCGAUCCAUUGCCAAUGUCAUAAUGUACCUAGCUAGCUCAACUGUUCAUCAUUCCAGGAUGUAGUAGGAGGGAUAAGUUAGUCGGAACAAAGGUCGAGUCUCAAA